GAUAUUUUGAAUAUAUUAUGAUUAAGAAAUUCUUUUAUGCUUGUUAUGGCAGAUAUAUCAUAAGCAUUUAUUAAAAAAAAUGAAUAAAUUUUAGGGUGUUUUAGUCAGUGAGAAGCAGUUAUAGACUUCGAGAAUUAAGCAAAAUAAUUUGCCUGGUAUCUGUGGUUACGUGACAGCUGUGUGUGAUCUUGAAAAGAUGGGUAUAAAGAAGGCCAAAUAUAGAUUAGUCACCACAGUGAAUGAGUCACGUAACAGAGAGUGUUAGUGGCUAGUGUGCGAGUGUUGCUCACUGGACCUUUUCCAAAAGCAUUCCUUUCCUCAGCUUGUGACGACACUGCUCUCUGAAUGUCAGGUGAAGCUCUGAGAUAUGUAGAAGAGAAAAGGGUUGUUGAAAGAUCUGUGCUUGAAGCACUUUCAGAGUACACAGGUAUAAUUUUAGGUAAACUUCAGAAAUUUGAGCCUGAGAACGCCUCAAAGAUCUUAGGGUAUCUCCUUGUCCAAGAACAUGGGGAAGAAGAAAUGGCGAAAUUGGCUUCACUACCUGACCAUUUAAUCCGUGAAGUGGCGUUCCAGACCAGAACCAAGCUUCCAAGGUCAGCUGCUAGAUCAAUCAUUCCUCCAAUUUCACCUCCCAUGAACUGUCAACCAGGUUUUUCCCAGUUUUCAGUAAUCUCCCCUACUUCAGUAAUCACAGCUGACACCCCUACCACAGCGCCAAGCUUCCAGCUUCAAUCUCCCUUCUGGGAUCCUCAGUCUGUUAACAAUGCCAAUGCAGAAAAUAUGGCACAGGGUUAUUUGGAUUCCAUCUCUGAACUUCAAAAGCAAACUCCGUUCUUCACUCUGGAGAAUCAUAUGGAUGCUGUAAAUUCUCGUGCUGUUGGGACUUCAGGCAUUCCAAGUAUUUCUAAUGAUUACUAUGGCUUAGAUGCUUUAUCAGUUGGUAAUUUUGGUGGAAAAGCUGGUAGAAGGUUCGACCAUCCAGUCAAGACCUGUCACUACUUUAACAAAGGAUUUUGUAAGCAUGGAAAUAGCUGUAGAUACUAUCAUGGACUGGGCCCCCCUGAUGCAUUCCCUCACAUGUAUGGAAAUGAUAGUUUUAAUGAUGAUCAGAUGAUUUCACCUAGGUCACUGGCACAACUAGAGUCUGAAAUUGUUGAACUCCUGAAACUGAAAAAGGGUGGUUCUAUAUCAAUUGCUUCCCUUCCAAUGGCAUACUUUGAGAAGUAUAAGAAGGUGCUGCAGGCUGAUGGCUACCUCACUGAGAGUCAGAGACAUGGAAAAUCUGGCUACAGUUUGACUAAGCUUCUUGCACGGUUGAAAAAUAGCAUCAGGCUAAUUGACAGGCCUCAUGGGCAGCAUUCGGUUGUUCUGGCUGAAGAUGCUCCGAAGUUCAAUGGAAAGGGAGAUUAUGGUAGAUACAUCAGUGCAUCACGACAGAUAUACCUGACAUUUCCAGCUGACAGCACUUUUAGCGAGGCUGAUGUUUCAAACUACUUUAGCACUUUUGGGAAAGUUGAAGAUGUAAGGAUUCCAAGCCAAGAAAGAAGGAUGUUUGGAUUUGUGACAUUUGAUGAUCCUGAAACUGUAAAAGAAAUUUUGGAUAAGGGAAAUCCCCAUUAUGUCUGCGAAUCAAGGGUUCUUGUGAAACCUUACAAAGAGAAGCCAAAACUUAUGCUGAGAAAGCAAUCAGACAGAAUUGAGCACCAGCACCCUGCUUAUUACUCAGCACACUACGUAGAUGUUGACACUGAACCUACGCCAAUUCCAAGAGGUUGCAGUAACCCUCGAUUACUCAGGAGCCUUAUCAUUGAACAGCAAGAGGAGGCUGCCUUUGAAUUUCAUAGAAGACGUUUUGCAGAGCUGCAGUUGGCCCAGAAAUCUUUUACCACUUCACCCCUUUUAGGCUUUAACACUGGCGUAGCAAAAGCUUCAAAUGGUGUGCUGUGA